AUGAAGACUAUAUACUUGCUACUGGGAAUAUGCGUCGCUACGGCUUUUUCGCUCCCAUCGCAAGAGAGGAUUGUAGGAGGAACAAUAACCAACAUUAACAAUUACCCUUUCGCCGCGUCGCUACAGUAUACAUGGGACGGGGUAUGGUUUGGUCACAAAUGCGGUGGUACCAUCCUGAACAGCCACGCCAUGCUCUCGGCAGCACAUUGCUGGUGGAACAACGUUGUCGAAAUCAAAUUUCGUGUGCGUUCAGGUUCCACAACCAAAAGUAAUGGCGGCUGGUGGCACAACGUGGCGCAACUUAUCGGCCAUCCCCAUUACAACCCGGCGAACCACGACAAUGACAUCGGCGUGGUCCGAGUCGCCUCUGCCUUCAUGAUCGGGGCACCCAACGUGCGAGCUGGUCGCAUCGCUGGAGCUAACCACCACGUUCCAGACAAUCGUGACGUCGUUGCUCUUGGAUGGGGAAAUAUACACACUGAAGGACCUGCAUCAGAAAACCUGCGGCGCGUUGUACUUAGAACUGUCAAUCAAGCUAGAUGCAGUAGUGACUUUUUUGGAGGCAUCACUGCCAACAUGCUGUGCGCCAACUGGUACGAUGGAUCUAGAAGCACCUGCUUUGGCGAUUCUGGCACUGGUCUACUGUUGGACAACGUUGUCGUAGGCGUUUGCAGUUUUAUCGGCUGGGACGGCUGUGGCUCAACUCGCUGGCCUGCAGUUUUUGCCAGAGUUUCUAGAUACGAGGCUUGGAUACGAAACCAUGCUUAA